GGAAUUUAGGAAACUGCUAGAAAUUAGGAUCCUGGAGGCUAGUCGGACGAUCCCACACGGCUUGGAUAGCAACCCAGCCGCGAGGGCUCCGAAGAGCCCGCCUUCAUGGCAACUUGGAACAUGGAUGCUUUUCUAGGGGCACUGUUGCUUGGCGACCUACCACAAUGAAAGCUGGGAGGAGCCAGGAGGAUAUGGUAGCUGGCACGCUUCCUAGGCGCAAGAGCUCCAAAGAAUGGCUGGAACCACAGUCGCUCUCUUUCAUGGAGGCUUUAGCUAAAGAAGAUACUGAUGCAGCUGUUCAGUCAAUAUUAUAUAGAGAAAAUUAUGUAAUGAAGGAACUAGAUAAGUAUUUAUAUCAUCAUGACUUCUUAAAUGCAAGAAGAAAAGAGAUGUUGUAUAAAAAAUGGGUUGAGUGUGUGGCAGAUCCUCUACAGAAGAAAAUUAUAGAAAAAGUUUGUUCACAUAAGAAGAUUAAAAAGAGGAGACGACAAGAAUUAGACAGUUUUUUGAGACAUGUAAAUAAGAAGGGAAAUGCAUUUAUAGAGCAUUAUGAUCCAAAAGAAUAUGAUCCUUUUUAUAUGAGCAAAGAGGACCCCAAUUUUCUAAAGGUCGUCAUGCCGCCAUUCCGUGACCCUCUGAAAAAAGCCCAGAAUGACAAGGACAAUGACAAGAAGACUCUCCUCCAGUGUGAGACCGGCAAAAUCUAUACAAUGAAAGAAUUUAAAGAGAUCGAGAAGGCCCAGCUGCAUUCCAGGUUCCCGAGUAUUUCUAAUUCAAGGCAAUGCAUGACUCCAAACGGAUGGCUUAAAGUGCCCAUGAGAUACAUAGAAAGUGAAUUUUGUAAAAGGAGCAGGGUCAAAAUGAAGGUGAAUUUUAAUGCUAGUACUUUUGAUUUGACUCCCCUGAAGAGGGUGCCUAAUUUUCUGGAGUGCCUGGAGGAAGAAAAGACCGUCAGUUACAAAAACAGAGGACUCUCCCCUCUGGACAGUGAAGCUCCGUGUCUCCAGGAGGGAAAGGAUCCAGGUUCCCAGGGGAUCAGUUCUGAAGGUCAUCAUUCUUCUGCAGACCUCUGCCAGGAGGUAGAAAGGGAUGAGGUCCAGGACGCGGUGAGAACUAACCAGGACGACGCGGUGAGAGCUGGGACAGUCAGUCCCAUUUUGGGAUACCCAGGGCAGCCCUUGCUGACACCCAGGUCUAAGCAGGCGGGAACUUCUUGAUAUGGUGGGCUCUUUAGAAGCCAGGAGACAGCUGAGCACACCUCUAGUGGGGAAGAAACCAAGACAGGUGUCGUUCAGAGGGCGCGUGCCCUUGCAGCUCGGUGGAGCCGCCGCACAAUGCACAUGCCCAGUGUCUCCUAUUUCCUUGGCUCCUGACUUGACUCCUGAUUGGGUAAUCUUUCUACCACCUCUACCCACUCUCUCCCAUUUACCUGUAGUCAAGCCAGGCCCUCUGAAUUGUCUCUUUUAAUUCAAUCAAGAAUUAGUUUUCAAAAGGGCCAAUACUAAAAGCAGUAAUCUCUAAGGAGGAAAGUGUAGCUCCCAAAGGUAAAAUGUCUAGAGAUACAGGUCUUCAUAGAGACCUCCCAAGGGAACUACAGUAGUGUGGUGUCAUUUGACGGACCUAGCCUGGCACCCAGUCCAACGAGACCUCUAGGUCUAGAGGGUCCUUUUACACUUGUGUUUCCUGUCCCAUUGCUCUGUCCCAUACUAUGGAGACGGUCUCUUCUCCGGGCGGCUGGACCCCGAAAGGAU